AGGGAUGGGGAACGACCGGUCUAGAAGGGAACAUCAUCUCCAGGAAGUGACGCAGACCAGAACGACUCCGAACAGCCGGAGGUAGCGAGAGCCAUGGCAGAAGCGGAAGCGGAAGGAUGCUCCCUGCUGCGGCCACCAAUGCCCCCUCAGGGGAUGGCGGAAGUGGAGGCGGCGGACGGAGCAGCCGUGAAACAGUUCCGUGGAAACGGCGGCGACUCCACCAGCGGCAGCAGCGUCGUGGGGAUGGAUGUGGAGCGGAGUCGAUUCCCCCACUGCGUGGUGUGGACACCUAUCCCCUUGCUCACGUGGGUUUUCCCCAUUAUUGGCCACAUGGGCAUCUGCACUUCCACUGGCAUCAUUCGGGACUUCGCAGGCCCCUACUAUGUCUCGGAAGACAAUAUGGCCUUUGGGAAGCCUGUGAAGUACUGGAAGCUGGACCCCUCCAAAGUGCACGCCAGCCGGCCGAAUGCCUGGGACACUGCAGUCCACGAGGCGUCGGAAGAAUAUAAGCAUCGCAUGCACAACCUCUGCUGUGACAAUUGCCACUCCCACGUGGCCCUGGCCCUGAACCUGAUGCGCUACAACAACAGCUCCCACUGGAACAUGGUGAAGGUCUGUCUCUUCUGCCUCAUCUACGGGAAGUAUGUCAGCGUUGGGGCAUUUGUGAAGACAUGGCUGCCCUUUGUCCUCCUCGUGGGCAUCAUCGUUACCACUUCCUUCGUCUUUAAUUUGCGGUGAUGGCUCACCCUAACCCUGGCCCCUGCUGUCUGGAGGCCUCAGCUGGAAGGAGCCUGGGCCCGAUGUCCUCCGUACACUCCCUGCCCCGUUCUCCCAGAGCUGGAUUGGGCCUAGACUCAUACCUCCUUUGGUUCCAGAUACCAUCCCCCCAAAGUACAGAAACCUGCCUGUGAGCUUGGAGCCAGGGUUCUUAGUAGCCAACCUUCAAGAGACCGAGAUGAUGACUCUGGAAGGGGCCAGCUCCUCCUGCCCAGGGCUCUGCCUCUUCUCCCCACGCCCCCAGGCUGGAGCAGCUGUCCUCCACACACCUUGUGGGUUCUUUCAGGAUGCUGCCAGGGAAGGGGGCUGGCUCUCCUCCCAAGGCCAGAAUCCUCCCUUCCCCUUCCUGGUCAUUCCCACUGAGCCCUGCAGCCUGGCACAGCCUGCCUCUGCCUCAACCACAGGAGAGCUUCCCAGGCCCCUCACUCCCCCCAUUCUAUACAGGCCCCAGAUGGCUGUCUCAGGGGAGUGGCCAAAGGGCAGAUAAAAUUCAGUAGUCAUUCUAGCCUAGCUGAGGCCCAGGAUGAGCCAAGAUGCCCACCAAAGGCCAUACAGCAGUGCCUGGCAUUGGGAAUGAGGUACCCUGGCUUCCCCACCACCACCACCGAGCCUCUAAUCUCCGGUUCCCCUUCCCUGCCAGGGGGAGGUGAUAGAUCAUGUAAAAGUGGAAGUUCCUUCCCUUGCCCGGGGUCUUGUCCUCUAGUCUAGGGUAGAGGGUGGUUGGCUGCCUCUACUUCUUUCCUGCCUAUUUUACCUUAGAGGGAGACAAAUGUUGACAAUUCCUGCCCAUGCAGGAAGCCCCACUCCUGCAGGUCAGUAGCUCCUCCCCUUCACCCUCCUGUGAGGGCAGGACAGAACCACAGUGGGAAUUGCAAAGGGAUAUGUAUCACUGUGUCCAGUGCCACACUGACCACCCUUGUGAGCUUUUCCUGGAAGGGCAUGCACUAGUGAGACUUCCUCACUGUGGCACCUCUCAAUCACCCCUUUUGUCUUCAUGUUAUGGGAUCGGGGCCUGCCCCUUCCAACCCCUUGGUAAGCAGAUGUAGCCUACUAUAUCCCUAACCCUCUGCCCCUCUGAAGGAAGGGGGCUCCCCAGGCAGGGCCAAUAAAGAAGUGUGACUCCA